UGAGGAGCGCAGAGGAACAGUCAGGACUCAGGAAACAGCUGCGCAAAGACGCAAAGCAAGAGAAGAGGUGAAAGAAAUAAGAAAUCAUUUGGGAUCAAGAGGAAACACUGGGAGAUAAAAACGUUUCUGGAGAAGUCACUGCUUGGUGAACCCACGUGCUGCUGAUCUGCUGCUGCCUCAAGAUGGAAGGAGAUGACGAUAGAUAACCGCCGGGAACGUUGACCAGUCUUCAGUCACACAUCAACGAGAAAAACUCUCCAAUUGUGACUGAAAUAUUCCCAUUUCUAACUUAUAUAUUUAAAAAACACCAAAAACACGAACAAUGGCGUCCUACAGCCCCGCCCCAACGGAAGAGGAGAGCAAUGGCAGCCCCCCGUCUGCAAAGAAAGGGGAGUCCAUGAAGCUGAAGAAGGAGAUCUCCCUCCUGAACGGGGUCUGCCUGAUCGUGGGGAACAUGAUCGGCUCGGGGAUCUUCGUCUCACCCAAGGGCGUCCUCAUCCACAGCGCCUCCUACGGCCUCUCCCUGGUGGUGUGGACCGUCGGGGGGAUCUUCUCCGUGUUCGGCGCCCUGUGCUACGCCGAGCUGGGGACCACCAUCACCAAAUCCGGGGCCUCCUACGCCUAUAUCCUGGAGGCCUUUGGGGGUUUCAUGGCCUUCAUCCGCCUGUGGACGUCGCUGCUGAUCAUAGAGCCCACCAGCCAGGCCGUCAUAGCCAUCACGUUCUCAAACUACAUGGUGCAGCCCAUCUUCCCCACCUGUAUAGCUCCGUACCUGGCCAACAGGAUGCUGGCUGCUGGUUGCAUAUGUUUGCUGACCUUUGUGAACUGUGCCUAUGUAAAGUGGGGCACCAGGGUCCAGGACUUCUUCACCUACGCCAAGGUCAUCGCCCUCAUCGCAGUCAUCAUCGCCGGCCUGACGAGGAUCGGACAAGGUCACACACAGAACUUCGAGGGGCUUUUCGAUGACUCGUCUCAGGAUGCAGGACACAUCGCUCUGGCUCUGUACUCGGCUCUGUUCUCAUACUCGGGAUGGGACACCCUCAACUUUGUCACAGAGGAGAUCAAGAACCCAGAGAGGAAUCUUCCACUGGCCAUCGCUAUCUCCAUGCCCAUCGUCACCGUCAUCUACAUCCUGACAAACGUGGCUUACUACGCCGUCCUGCCCAUGAACGCAAUCUUAGACAGUGAUGCUGUGGCUGUGACGUUUGCAGACCAGGUGUUUGGCGUCAUGAACUGGACCAUUCCCUUGGCGGUGGCUUUUUCCUGCUUCGGAGGACUCAACGCCUCCAUCCUCGCUUCCUCCAGGCUGUUCUUCGUGGGCUCCAGAGAGGGCCACCUGCCAGACUACCUGUGCAUGAUCCACGUCCAUCGCUACACUCCCAUCCCCGCGCUGCUCUUCAACGGCGUCAUGGCUCUGAUAUACUUGUGUGUGGAAGACGUCUUCAGGCUGAUCAACUACUACAGCUUCAGCUACUGGUUCUUCGUCGGGCUGUCCAUUUUGGGGCAACUGUAUCUGCGCUGGAAGCAGCCGGACAGGAAGAGGCCGCUAAAGCUCAGUCUCAUCUUCCCCAUCGUUUUCUGCCUCCUCACCGUCUUCCUGGUGGUGGUGCCGCUCUACAGUGACACCAUCAACUCUCUGAUCGGUAUCGGCAUUGCCCUGUCGGGAAUUCCCGUGUACUUCCUCUGCAUCUACACUCCGGCCACGAAGAGGCCGCUGGCGCUACGGAGAUUCAUCGCUAAAUUCGGCGUGGUGAUCCAGAAGGUGUGCUUCUCUGUUCUGACUGAAAUGGACCACGAAGAGUAGACGUUUGGUUAUCAACAGCCUGCCGGAGACCCGCAAACGCACAAAUGUAGAACCUGAACGCAUCGUGGCCAGCCGCCUCAAGGCCUCGAUGGACGAAUAAGCAUUUGGGCUUGAGCUGGACCCAGCUCUCUGACCUGUCAAUCAUCCUGAUGUUGCCCGGGUGACUGAUGGCCAGCAUUUCACUCCAGCUGACUUCAGAGGGAACAUUUGAAUGCACUCCUGAAUUAAUCAACACCUCUUUAUACGACAGAACUUGUAGAGAAUUAUUUAAUUCACACGUCAGGACCGGUAUUUUGUGUAGUUUUUCAAUUUUAUUGGAAGGUGGCAAAUUAUUAUUGUAAGAAAUUGUGUGCUGCUGCAUUGCUGACCGUAGGAACAUCCUUGGUGUUAUUUUUAUUAUAAUUUGCACAAAGAAAAUCAAGCCGUAAAAGAGAUUUAUGUUCCCACGCUCACUCAUGUGGGAGGAAAGGUUAAUAAUGUUUUAUACUGUCAGCUGUGAUGUCUAGUGAAGGGCUAUUUUUACUAAAAUGUACUUUCUUGUGAUUUAAACAUGGUGUUUAAAUGUAAGAGUUUGUGACAGUUGAGCUGCAAGCAAGUAUUUAUAAUAAAAUUACUUCUCGACAACAUAAA